CCUGACAACAAGCUAUCGGAUGUGAGCCUUUGAUAUGGGCACUGCGCUGGAAUUUAAAUGAUUCGGUUAACUAAGAGGCAAAUUAACAAAACCUACGCACAUUUAAUUGUCAUUAAGUGUACACCAUAGUUGCUUCCCUGCCCUCUCACCAUGCCGAGCAAUAAGCAUGACAAGCCUGAGGGCAAUGAUAAUGUCAAGGUGGUGGUGCGAUGUCGUCCCUUCAACCAGAAAGAGAAGAUGAUGAACCACAAACAGGCCGUCCUUGUUGACGAGAUCCGUGGGACCAUAGAGGUUAACAAACUGGAGACCCCCCACGAGCCCCCUAAGACUUUCACAUUUGACACCGUGUUUGGACCGGACAGCAAACAGCUGGAUGUCUACAACCUCACUGCACGCCCCAUCGUUGACUCAGUAUUAGAGGGUUACAAUGGCACCAUUUUCGCAUAUGGGCAAACUGGCACAGGAAAAACCUUCACCAUGGAGGGUGUGAGAGCAGUGCCAGAACUCAGAGGGAUAAUCCCAAACUCCUUUGCUCAUGUUUUUGGUCACAUUGCCAAGGCAGAGGGUGACACGAGGUAGGAAAGCAUUCUCUCUGCAGACAUUCAGUAAA